AUGGCCAUGCCAUGCAAAUUGUUUUUCCGAAAUCCCCCAGAUGGUCUUCUUGAGAUAUCUGACAGGGUCUAUGUUUUUAAUUGUUGUUUCAACAUUCGAUGUGAUCGGAGAGACGAAUCUUAUGAAGUCUACGUGAAUGGGAUUGUUGGUCAAUUUCGAGAGAAUGUGCCUAACGCUUCCAUUAUGGUAUGCAAUUUUCGCGAGGAAAACACUAAAAGCAAGUUGGAUAACAUAUUCUCUAAGCAUGAAAUUAAUCUCAUGAACUAUCCUUGCCACCACCAUGGUUUCCCUAUGCUCAAAUUGGAGGCCAUACAUCAUUUUCUAAAUUCAUGUGAUAGUUGGCUCUCACAUGGGCAAAAUAAGGUGUUGUUAAUGCAUUGUGAGCGUGGUGGCUUGCCAGUUUUGGCCUUCAUGUUGGCUGCAUUGUUGAUUUUCUUGAAACAAUAUGAAGGGGAGCAGAGGACGUUAGAUAUGGUUUACAAGCAGGUACGUCGUGAUUUUUUACAAUCCUUAACAAUGGUGAAUCCAAUCCCUUCCCAAUUGCGGUAUUUACGAUAUGUUUCCAAGACCAAUAUGGCCUUUGAUUGGCCUUCAUUGGAUAGGACACUUAGGUUGGACUACAUCAUUAUGACAUUUCUUCCAAACUUUAAUGAGAAUGGUGGAUGUUUUCCAAUAUUUAGAAUUUAUGGCGAAGAUCCCUUUCUUGUUGACAAGAAUCCUAAGAUCCUAUACUCAACACCAAAGAGUCCCAAAAACAUUCAAGCUUAUAAACAGGGAGAGUGUGACGAUAAAAUCAAAGUCAAUAUCAACUGUCGGAUUCAAGGUGAUGUGCUGAUUGAAAGUGUUAAUUUGGAUAGUGACUUGGAAAAUGAACAGAUGAUAUUCCAAACGAUGAUUAACACAAAUUUCAUUAGAUCUAACUUGUUGAUGCUUAAUCGGGAGAAAAUUGAUAUUUUGUGGGAUGCAAAAGAUCGCUUCCCAAGGGAUUUCAGACUAGAGAUAACUUUCACAGAGAAAGAUGUUGCUCCAAAGACUGAGUCAUCCUCUAGCUUUGAGGAAAGGGAGGGAUUACCAAUUGAAGAAUUUACCAAAGCCAAAGAGAUUUUUAACCAUGGAGAUUGGACGAGUCCUAAUGAUGAAGAUCACACAGUAAAUGAUACUAACACAAUCAAUGAUACCUCAAUUUCACCACAAACACCUCCAUUGAGGUCUCCCAGAAGUGAUAAAAAUGUUGAUGAGUCUCUUCCUCAUCAAUUGCAUUCAAAAUCACAAAAUCCUAAUACUGAUGUAACAAGACCUGAUUUGUUGCUUUCACAGCAAAAAACCCAACCCCCACCGGAUCAAAUUAGAGCUCCUCUAUCCCCGCCAACUCCUCCAAAGAAUGAAACAUUUGUAAGAGUUGGAUCCCCUCUUUCUCCUCCAACUCCAAAUGCUACAAUGCCUACUACCACCCCACCUCCGCCGCCAACGCCGCCCCCGGUUGGAGACCAUUAUGCUAACAAUGGUUUUCCAACUUCAUUGUGUAUUGGUCGUGGAAAGAAUGACACUGGCAAUCACACGAUGCAUUCAAUGAGUAACACCAAAAAGUUAAAAACAUUGCAUUGGUUAAAAUUAUCUCGAGCAGUGAAAGGAAGUUUGUGGGCUGAGGCACAAAAAUCUGGUGAAGCUUCCAAGACACCAGAUAUUGAUAUGUCUGAGCUUGAAAAUCUCUUCUCAGCAAUAACACCAAGUUUAGGCCAAGCAAAGAAAUCAAAGAUCCAAAACUUAGUUACGCCAAAAUCUGAUAAAGUGCAACUGAUUGAACAUACACGAGCAUAUAAUUGUGAAAUCCUUCUUUCAAAAGUGAAAGUCCCGUUGAAGGAUUUAAUGAGCUCAGUUUUAGCAUUAGAAGAGACAGCAUUAGAUAUUGAUCAGGUUGAGAACCUGAUAAAGUUUUGUCCAACAAAGGAAGAGAAGCAAGUACUUAAGGAUUAUGACGGAGACAAGGAAAAGUUGGGGAGAUGUGAACAGUUCUUCUUAGAGUUGAUGAAAGUUCCAAGGGUAGAAUCCAAGCUGAGAGUUUUUUCAUUCAAGAUUGAAUUCAACACUCAGGCUUCUGACCUUAGAAAUAACAUCAAUAUUGUUAAUGCUGCUGCAGAAGAGAUCAAAAACUCUGUCAAAUUAAGAAGAAUCAUGCAAACAAUACUUUCUCUAGGAAAUGCUCUAAACCAAGGAACUGCAAAAGGUUCUGCCAUUGGAUUUAAAUUAGAUAGUCUUCUUAAACUCUCAGAGACACGUGCACGGAAUACAAAGAUAACUCUCAUGCAUUAUCUUUGUAAGGUUUUGGAAAAUAAGCUUCCAGAAGUUUUAGACUUCACAAAUGAUCUUCCGAAUUUAGAGCCAGCAACAAAGAUCCAAAUGAACUUCCUUGCAGAGGAGAUGCAAGCUGUAAGUAAAGGAUUAGAAAAAGUUGAGCAUGAACUACUAACCUCAGAAAAUGAUGGUUCUAUAUCAGAAAUUUUCUGCAAGAAUCUGAAAGAGUUCCUACGUUCUGCGGAUGUUGAAGUCCGUGCAUUGGCUUCGCUAUAUUCUAUUUUGGGUAGGAAUGUGGAUGCCUUAAUUAUUUAUUUUGGAGAAGAUCCAUCUCGCUGCACUUUUGAGCAAGUUGUCACAACAUUGCACAACUUCACUGGAAUGUUUUGUAAAGCCCAGGAAGAGCACUUCAAGGAGCUUGAGCUUGAAAUGAAGAAAACAAAAGAAAAAGAU